AUGUCAUUCCGGUCCAGGACCGUUGUGGAGGGAGGAGAAAUAAUAGAGGAAGGAAAAGGAAAGGGUGUGUCAAAAUCGUUGGUGGUUACGCUCGAUGCUGGUCGGGCUCAAGCCUUGAUUCUACAUCGUCAACUCAAUGGAGUGAGAUAUAGAGAACUUAAGUCGAACGUUAGCAUCGAAAAUUUCUCAAAUGAUGACGACGAUGAAGGAAAAUUUGUUUCUGAUGAAAAUUCGGAUGAGUUUUCAUGUGCUGAGAGUGAGGAGGAUAUUACCGAAGAAGAUGAUAUGGAUAUGGAGAAGGAGGAUAUGGAAGUAUCAAUAGCCAAUCGAGGAGGAGAUGAUGAAGAUGAUAUCAUUUAUACUACCGAUGAAGAUGUGGAGGUUGUGAAAAAGAAGAAAGGUGGUGCCUUGGGCGGUGGAGUAUCUAAAGGGGGGGGGCAAUAA